AUGAACCCGGCCAACGAGACAAUGACGCCUAAAAAGGUCGCGAUUAUUGGCGCUGGCCCCUCGGGCCUCGUCACCGCAAAAGCCCUCCUCCACCACUCCCCCGGCCGCUAUGAACCGACCAUCUUCGAAUCCAAGCCUGUCAUCGGCGGGCUGUGGGCUACGAACAGACUAUCCCGCCAACAGGGGUUUAUUCCUGCGUCGAUGCGCACGAAUCUGAGUCGAUUCACAGUCUCGUUCUCGGAUCUGUCGUGGGAGGAACCCAAUACAUAUAAUGGGAAUGGAAGUGGAAUGUUCCCGAGAGCAGCGCAGGUCAAUGAUUAUUUACAGCGGUAUUGCGAGAAGUUUAUCCCAGAUGAGGUGCUUAAAUUGUGUUGUCGGGUUGUUCGGACGAUGAGAAAUGAGGAUAGUCAGAUUGAUAAGAGUCAAAAUGAGGAGGAGAGACGGCGGUGGACGGUGGAAUGGGUGGACGAGAGCAAACCAGAGAGGUCCAUCUACCCCAAGAAAAAAAAAAAAAGGAUAUAUCAUGCUAAUAUAUAUUCUAGUACUGUGUCUUCCUCAUUCGACUACCUCGUUGUCGCAUCAGGCUUCUUCGGUACGCCGCACAUCCCGUCCAUCCCAGGACUACACAACUUCCCAUCCACCAGGGCCAUCCACAGCUCGUCCCUCCACUCUCCCUCCGACUUCCUCGCGCAACUCACCACCAACCAUGCCGAUCCCACCGGCACCAUCCUCGUCGUAGGCGGGAGCAUGUCUGGCGCCGAAGCCGCGUCAGCCCUCGCCUUAUCCCUCUCAUCUCUCCCUUCUCAUAACCUGACCAUCAAGCACAUCUCCUCCCGCCCCUUCUGGCCUGUCCCGACUUACCUCCCCGACCAAUCCGGCGGCUUCAUCCCCCUCGAUCUCGCCCUAUACGACCUCUCCCGCCGCCCGCCAGGCGACGUGCAGUACACACUGGGCCCCGUUCCCGCAGCGCGCGCGAGAGCAGUACACGACUACUUUUCCUCCCUCCUCUCUUCCUCCCAGCCUAACCUCCUGGAACCCUCUUCCUCUGACCGAGACCACCCGCCAUGGGUCGCCGUGACAGACCACUACAACGAAUUCGUACGCAGCGGCACCAUCCACCCUCUUCUCGGCCGUCUCGAGUCCCUCACCACCAGCACAAACACAGCCAUCCUCCGGCACCCAACCGGCACAACCGAACCCAUCCCCUCUAUCCUCGCAAUCGUCUUCGCAACAGGAUUCACCCCUUUCCCCUCCCUCUCUCCUCUCCUCCCUAACCCCGUCCUCUCAGCCCUAAACUACUCCCCAACCCACCCACUCUUCCCGCUCCUCCUCGAUGCAAAAGCGACUCUGAACCCACUUGUUCCAGACCUAGGCUUCGUAGGCAUGUAUCGCGGCCCUUACUGGGGAGUGAUGGAGAUGCAAGCACGAAGUCUCGCCGUUCGGUGGGGCGACAGUACCUGCACACCCGGCACCUCACACGACCUAUCUGCAUGCGACUCGAUCCGCUCGCUGCGAGAGCAAAACUCAUCGAUAGCGCAGUUCCCGAUGGGCGAUUAUGUGGGGUUAAUGGAGACGUAUGCGCGGGAGUUGGGCAUUGCGCGCGCCGAUAUACAGAAUGAAAAUGGGAAUGAUGAUGAUGAGAGAGUAGGCCCCGUCGUGCCAGCGCGAUACGCCACCCCAAAAACCCCCGACUCAGCCGCAACCCUUGCCGCGCUGAGGGCGUUGAUGGCGCCGGCUAGUGCAGGCAGACGGGAUGCAUUGUGCCAUGCGGUUUUUCGUGCAUUGCAUGGGAAGUGGAGAGUCUCGUCCACUGCUGACGGCAAAAGAGAGGUGGAGUUGUGUCCGCGGGUAUGCGUGUCUGGGCCGUCAGAGGGUGAUGUAGAGUAUGAAUACUGCGAUUCUGAAGUAGAAGGGACGUGUGUCUUCCGGCUUGUUGAUAAGCGCAUUCAUAUCCUCACGACAUCUGAUGGUAGCACAGUCGUGCGACGGAUUGAGUUUGUAGGGAUGAGCACAGAGGGUGAGGAAGGGGGUGUGUAUCGACAUGUAGCUAGGGGUGUAGUUGAUGGCGAUGAGGGGGAUGUGGUUGAGUAUGUGUUUCGUUUGAAGGGAGUUCAUGUUGUGUCGUGGGAGGAGCGGGGGAGGGUGUAUACCCGGCCUACACAUCACCAUUAA